UGCCACCUCUAUUUUGCGCGCGAAUUUCUUCAAUAACAAUGGAUGCGGAUUUGCUGCCGCUAAGGAGGCGAAUAACAAACACCUUCAAACUAUGUGGCUUCCUGAUACGCUCGGAGAACAGUUCCUACCUGGCAGAGCAGCUGCUGCCCUUCGACCCCGCCGAACGGGACAAAUGGCUGACGGUGAUCACCGAGAACCUGCAGAGCCAGAAGCUAGUGACGCCUCAUGUGGAGAGGGCUGCCCUGGAAAAGGCCAUCAAUGAACUGAACCGGGUGGGAUUGGACGAAGGGGAGACGGUGUUCGCCCUGAUAGACGCCUUCACGGUGCCCCGUUAUCGCUACAAUCAGCGGGUCAAGAAGUUCGAACUGGACACUACGCCGCGACAGCUGCUGACCGCUCCUCGCAUGAAAUCGGACUACAUGCAGCAGCGCUAUGCCAUGUUGCUCCAGAAAACGCUGCGACAUGACCUAUUCGCACCAGCUGUUAUCCAGGAUGGCGUGGGCGCCGAUGCCCAGGCCAAGAAAUUCAAGCUCCAGUUUGCGGAGAACCUGCUGGCCACCUCGGCGGUGAAGGAAGCCGUCGUUCUGGGACUACUUACCCAGCUGAAGGAGGGCAAGUUCUACGUGGAGGAUCCCACCGGCUGUGUCCAGUUGGACCUCACUGGAGCCCGUUUCCACGCAGGCUUUUUCUGCGAGGGUUGCUUUGUACUGGCUGAGGGGAACUAUAAGGAUGGCAUACUUAAAGUUGAUGGCCUGGGCUUUCCACCCGCGGAACCAGCCACCAGCAGUCGUGCCUUCUUCGGUACCGCCAACACCUGGGGCGGUGAGUCCAGCAAGCUGCUCAAGUACUCACCCCGUCUGCAGGAACUAGAGCGCACCAACACCGAAACGACCAUAGUUUUCCUAUCCGAUGUCCGUUUGGAUCUGCCCGUGGUCAUGGACAAGCUGCGCCAGCUGUUUGUGGGAUACGACUCCUGCCCGCCACAGGCUAUUGUACUCAUGGGACCGUUCACGGCCAGCACAAGGAAUCACCACGAACUUAGGCAUCACCUGGAUGCAUUGGGAGGCCUCGCUGCCGGCUGUGAGCAGCUGAAGAAGCAAACCGAUCUGAUACUCGUUCCCUCGUCGGAAGAUCCCACAGCUCCAAAUAUUCUGCCUCGAGCCCCUAUUCCUGAAUGCCUGGCAGCCGGUCUGCUGAAGGCCUGGCCACGCACCCAGCUGGCUACGAAUCCCUGCCGUCUGCAGUACUGCACCCAACAGAUCGUUGUUUGCCGCCUGGACUUGAUGGCCAAAUUUUGCCGGAACACCUUACAUUUUCCCGAAGAUACGUCGCAGAUAGAACAACAUUUCGCGAGAACAAUUGUGUGCCAGGGUCACUUGGUGCCCAUUCAUCCCAUCGCCAUGCCAGUGCACUGGGACUACGAUCCCGCCCUGUGGCUCUAUCCACUGCCAGAUCUGAUAGUUAUGGGAGACUCGUGCCAGAGUUUUAGCAGCAAUCAACAUGGUUGCACUGUCCUCAACACCGGCUCCUUUGUCAAGUCCAAGUUCGCCUUCAAGGUGUACAUACCAGCCACGCGAACGAUUGAGGACUCGGAGAUACCGGACGAUGUGGAGUAGUUAUAAUAUAGUUAACGUGUACGUAAGGUAAAUAAUUAUUUAAAUUAUAACCGUUUAUUCUACUUAUUUGGGGUACUUAAAAACAUUAUUAUCUUUAUAUUUGUGCACUUAUAGUGUCAAAACUCCUUCGCAUAGAUCUAGUGCCCUGUAUAACAUAAAGCUUUUAUAAACAUAUUCACAUCCAUAUAACAUAUACCAAUGAAAAAAAAAAAAACAAUUCAAAAGGAGCGAUCAGAAAAUAGAUUUAAAGGCUUAUAAAAUAUUUUUUAAAUCAAUUAUUCUAAAAAAAUUUUUGUUGGCCAUUGAAGACUCCUUCAACUGAAGCCUCUAUUCAAAUUGAAGCCUAUCCUAUACAUUUAAUGACUUGAGUAUAAACAUGUUUCGGGGGCUUUGCAUCCUGCGGCUUCACAUGUUGCUUGGCCGCCAGCUCCUCCCGGAUUUGCGCCGCCCGUGCGUGUGCCUGGUCCCUUGUGAUAAGCGGCCCAGCCUCAUCAUCGCCAUCGUCAGUCAUCAUAUGCGCACAGCAUGUGUUCCACAAUCGUCUCCUGGCGCUCCGGCUGACGCGCCUCGCAAUCUGCUUUUUACGGCGACCGGGGGUUGUCUAUUACUUUUGAUGACUUAAAGCCGAUUUGGAAAAAUAUUGUUACUCUACCCAACGCUGCCCACUUUGGGUCGUGGAAAUUCAAUUUCCCAGGCUGGCGCUCAGCUCCUCGGCAGCUGAAACGGCAAUUUUGAUAAUGCGUUUGACCUGAGGACAUCGAUGGCCCCCAUUUGCUGUCACAUGACCAGUUGCCGAAUCGUUUUUUAAGACAUCAUUAGCCGGGUCAUUCGGAAGGGAGAAGGGGUGAGGUUGUCCCUUGCCUCCGAGGGUUUUUCUCUCCUAUUGAUUUAUGAUUUAUGAGUGCGACUUGGCGAGUUGUGUGCCGCACGUCCCUGGGAUCAAUUUCCAAAGUGUGCCCGCCAUGAGUGUCAAUUCGAUUUGGGGGGCGUGGUCGGCCCUGAGUGCUAACUAUAUCUUGGUGGACCACCCCCUUUGUCAACUUACACAUUUAUAUAUUCCCUGUGUUUGUGGAUUUUUUGUGCUCCUCCAUGCAAAAAGCCGGAGCCAAAAUGUUUCCUCUGUGACAACAAUCUUGCUUCUGCUUCAUUUAACUGGUACACAGUGGCAACUUUUGAAAUUUAAAUAUUGUUUUGCGGCUUCUCUGCAGCUUGGCCGCAGCGCAGGGCAAUAACAUAAAAAAACAUUUUAUCUGCUAUGGUCAUCAGUUUUUAUGGUGUCCUCCCUGCAAAGUUGACACCAUUUAAUUUGGAGCUGGAGCACUUCCCUUUCCCCAGACUCGAAAUGGGACUCGAUUAAAGCAAUCGCUGAAGCGGAAUGCGGGAAUCUGUGUCUUGGCCAUCAAUCACUCGACCAGAUGCGCCCCCGAAGUGGACCCAGUCCAAUCAAGGAUCAAAGCAACUGCCCAUCAUAUCCCACCUUAGGUUAUCCUUUCGCACACACAUGCUUGGCAAUCAAACGGCGAUGCACUCAUGUGCAUGUCCUGCGGUUAUUUGACAAUUGUUAACCCAUCUUUUGGCUUUGUUAGACCGAUACCUCGGUGCUGCCAAGUGGCCAUAUGCCAGGCGUCCCCUGCAAAUCCAUCCAGUAAUCCACGCCUCGGUGGUGUGAUUUUGAUUUGUAUAAAUAUUCUUGACUGGGGUGGCUUGAAUCGUUCGCUUUCGAUACCCUUUCGGGGUAUGAAGAUAUGCCUAAUUGUGGUUUUCUCAAAGGAAUGUAACUUAUAAUUAUUUUGAGACUCAAGUUACUAGUCCUAAAACAAUUAUGGAAAAUGAAAAAACUUGCUUUAUGAACAGAUGUUUUGCAUAAAAUAAGGA